AAACAACAAAACAAAAACAUUCAUCUAUUAAUUUAGCACCAUGAAAUAAAACAAUCCUUUUAAGAAGCGGAUUUGUGUUGCACCUUACAAGUGCACGAAGGUAAAACACAGCGCCCCAUCCUUUUCCGACUGGAAUUUGAAUCUUCUGAGGCGCAGGCCGUCAGUCACGACGCGGCUUGUGUGGGCGAUUCUUGCCUCCCGAUUUUAUUCUGGAGUCUUACGUGGAUUGCUAUCAUUAUGUUAUAAUCCGCUAAUCACCGGGAUUCGUCUCUGCUGUUGUGUUUUUUAUUAUUUGCAGCGAGGCAGGCCUGAACUGGUAUUUUAAUAUUUUGGAUUGAAAUCGCAUCUUCGCUGGCAGCAGAUUGACGGCGGCGGCGUCGCCGAUGUGCAGCUUUGACAUUUGCUGCCGUUCACGUUGGUGUCGUCCCCGGACGCCUAAUUUCACUUCGCUGUUUUUGCACGGAAUUUUUACAAUGACCGAACAGGUAAACUCCAGACGAUCGUCCAAGAAUUUAUUGCCCUUGCCUUGAAAGUCCAACCUCUGCCACUUACAUUUUUUUUUAAAUUUAUCAACUGGCUCUCGUUUAAUGCUUUUGUCUCGUAAUUUUACCAUGUGAGAAAACAUAAGCGAACAAAAGAACUAGAAAUCAUCUUUACCGUGAAGCUCUACCCGGCACGGAAGCAGAAGGAAGGAAGGAAGGAAGGAGGGCUAUGAACUGGAGGAGACGACGACGAUGAUGAUGAUGCUGGAUACUCAGAACUCAACCCAGGAGAUUGGGGAAGAGGUAGAGGAUGGAGCCAUUUACACCAUCACACUGAGGAAAGUGCAGCUUCACCAGGCCGCCAGCAAGGGCCAGCGCUGGCUGGGGGUGGAAACCGAAGCAGCACUCAAUCUGUACGAAACAUGCAAAGUGCGCACCAUCAAAGCAGGCACACUGGAGAAGCUAGUGGAGUAUCUGGUGUCCGCAUUCAAAGGCAAUGACUCCACCUAUGUGACCAUAUUCCUGUGCACUUACCGGUCCUUUGCCACCACUAAGCAAGUCCUGGAUCUCCUGCUCAACAAGUAUGCCAAGCUCCAUUCCAGUGGAGAGGGCUGCAGACCGACUGGAGAUGACCGGACCGAACUGAAAAACACUGUGUCCUCUAUCCUGGGUGCUUGGCUAGACCAGUAUUCAGAAGAUUUUUGGAUGCCACCGGAGUAUACCUGUCUGAAGCGACUUAUCUCCUACCUGCACCUUAACUUUCUAGGCUCAGAUUUGGAAAGAAGAGCGUGCAACCUUCUCGCCCAGUUCCAUCAAAGGCAGCUUCGUGAUCCUGACUCAGAAGUGGUCGACCAUAAUACCUGCACUUUUACCUUGCUGGAGGAGAAUGGCUUCUACGAGGAGAGGCCUGACUUUUUAUCCUUCCCACCUGUGGUGGUAGCUGAACAGUUCACGCUUAUGGAUGCGGAGCUCUUUAAAAAGGUGGUGCCUUACCACUGCCUGGGCAGCAUCUGGUCUCAAAGAGACAAAAAGGGCAAGGAACACCUGGCACCGACCAUCCGUGCCACAGUCACCCAGUUCAACAGCAUCACCAACUGUGUCAUUGCCACCUGCUUGAGCGACAAAGCCCUGAAGCCUACUCACCGAGCCAGGAUUGUGGAGCGAUGGAUAGAGGUGGCCAGGGAAUGCCGUAUCCUGAAAAACUUCUCCUCUUUGCGUGCAAUCCUCUCGGCGCUGCAGUGCAAUUCCAUCCACAGGCUGAAGAAGACGUGGGAUGAAGUAUCAAGAGAGAAUUUCAGAAUAUUCCACGAGCUUUCUGAGAUUUUCUCUGAUGAGAACAACCACUCCUUGAGCAGAGAGCUCCUCAUUAAGGAGGGGACAUCCAAAUUUGCCACCUUGGAGAUCAAUCCAAAAAGAGCACAGAAGCGGCAGCAGCAGCAAAGGGAGAUGGGUGUGAUGCAAGGAACCAUUCCUUAUUUGGGCACUUUCCUCACUGACCUAGUUAUGAUGGACACAGCCAUGAAGGACAACCUGGAGGGUGGACUGAUAAACUUUGAGAAGAGAAGAAAGGAGUUUGAAGUGAUUGCUCAAAUCAAGCUGCUUCAGUCAGCAUGCAACAACUACAACUUCACUCAGAAUUCCCAGUUUGUGGACUGGUUUUUGGGGGUGGACCGCCUCAGUGAGGCAGAAAGUUACAGCCAGUCAUGUGAGAUUGAGCCUCUGUCAGAGUCAGCCAGCAACACCCUGAAAACCAAGAAGAAUACGGGAAUUAUAAAGCGCUGGAGCGAUCGGCAGCCGGCCACCAGCGACCCCUCCUGUAGCAGUGCAGGCAGCUCCCACUCCAAGUCCUUUGAUCAGCUACGCUAUGGUCCCUACUUGGGAGGCGGAGGUGGGAGCGGAGACGGGGCAGACUCGGUCAGUGUGACCUCUGCUGGCUCCAGCAGUUCUGAUGUGGAGGAGAUCAACAUCAGCUUCAUUUCAGAUUCCCCAGAUUCUCAUGAAAAGAAGAGCUCCACACCUACCGUAAAACAUUCCCAUUCAGCCCUAGGCAAGGGGUCCAACCUUCCAGAGCAUUGCCUGACGUUCUGGGAGUCCACGUCCCUAUCAUCUCUGGACACCUCUGGUAUUGGUUCCACCUCUGGCUCAGGUUCCAGUAGCGCCUCCUCCUCCUCUGUGUCCUCCACUCCUGUCACAGCAUCCCGGUCACAUAAGCGCUCUGUCUCGGGCAUCUCCAGCUACUCCUCACUUUCACUGCCUCUUUACAACCAGCAGGUGGACGACUGCUGCAUCAUCCGCGUCAGUCUGGACGUCGACAAUGGCAAUAUGUACAAAAGCAUCCUGGUGACAAGCCAGGAUAAAACACCAGUUGUAAUACGGAAAGCUAUGGUGAAACACAAUCUGGACAGGGAGAGGCCAGAGGACUACGAGCUGGUGCAGGUCAUCUCUGAGGAGAAAGAACUGAAGAUUCCAGACAAUGCCAACGUCUUCUAUGCCAUGAACUCGUCUGCCAACUAUGACUUUGUUCUGAAGAAGCGGGGCUUUUCCAAGGGGAGCCGGGCAAAGCACGUGGCAAGCUCCACCCUCCCCCGCAUGAAGCAGAAGGGCCUCAAGAUUGCCAAGGGCAUCUUUUAGACUUUCUGCUGGUGCAGGUGGGUGGGGGGUGCAGGGUGCAGAAGGCCCAGCCUCAUGGCUCAAAGAAAUGAGCAAAACCUGAAGCACAGUGUGCUGUGAGCGUUGCCAAGGGCAUAAGAUGUGGACUCUAGGAACUGUGCAGUAGGAUGGAGUGGUGCUUCGGAUCAGCUCUGCCCAGAGCUAUGGAAGGUACAGCCACUGUGUGCCCAUGAGGUGAAACACACAAAUCAGAAACACUUUCUGCGGGCAAGGAACGGUUUGCCGACUUUCCAGUUGGGGAUUUCACAGAAAGACCGCAGGUUCCAGUUUGUCGAGGAUCAGUCACGGAUUAUCAAAGGCAUGUGGUUACCAAGUGGCAUUUUCAAGGGAUGGACACUGGGUGGUCGGUUCUCUCCUCUCACUUUUCUGCUGCCACCCUGUUGAGCACUCGGCGUAACACUAAUUUGAACUGAGAUUAAGAAAAGCACCUUUUCUGCAGUUUGAGCUGCAGCUUUGAGCAACUGACUUGGCAGACCCGACAAACACUUGAUUUCACGUUGUGAGGUGUUUGCUUCUGUCCACUACAGAACUGGAAGGGGAGCUGCAGUGGGAUUUUCACUUCACCCUGCCCCCCUGUUAAGGAUAAUGACACUGAUGACACUGAUGACAUCUGUCUGCCCUGACUACAAAGGACACAGUGAGGUGGGUAGUGCUGGCACGAGGACUUGAAUCACUUUACACAGUAUUAGGCGGGACCCUGCUUUGGAUAAGCCAGUGGUUUCCCUCCAUGAGGUGGAACUUGGUGGACAUUGGCAUGUGUGUGCGUGUGUCUGUGUGGGUGUUGAGGGUUGGGGUUGCUAACUUCUGAGUGCAGAGUGCCUUUUGAGGCACGUGCGGUGCCUACAUGUGACCUUUUCUAACUUUGUAUUGCAGUCACUCUGGGUUUCUAAGGUAUGUGCCAAAGACUGAGGGGUAGGGCUUAGGAGCGGGGCAUGAUGGGGGCAGUCUCUUACAUCGCAGUGAAUGCCUUUACUGACCAAUACACUGUCUCCUCAUCCAAGAGUCGUUACUACUUCUCAUUUUCCUUUUCCUUUAAUAUAAACAGUCACCUUGACACAAUUUGAGCCGGGGUGUGAUGGACAGUAGAAGGGUCCACUCAUGUUAUAAUUGGGGUCAGUAGCACUUAACUUGGCAGUCUUCCUGCCAGGGAUUAUAUUUUUACAUGUCCACCCUCUUAAUGGAUGACCCACCCUACCAAGCUGGUCGGUGCGCCCCACUUAACAAGAAACUAGCAGCACGGCUUUGUUUUAAUUGUUGUGCCACAAAACAUUGCAAACGCUGUUAGAGUCUGUUAUAUGCUGGCCGGCAUUCCUGUGAGUGUGAGGGGUCAGGUGGGGUGAGGAGAUGGAGGUGGGCUGAAAUAAAAUGACACUGUGUGAGUGGCGAUUUUCCUGGAUAUUCUCGUUUUGUAUUUUACUCCAUUUAUCCUUGUUGUUUACUAAAGACUCGUGUUUCUCCUUCUUGACGCUGAAUCUCUCCGCAUUUCCACUAGGUGGCCUUAUGAGCUCAGCAGGGUGACGGGAAUUGGGGCCACAGAAUCGCCAAGCCAUCCCCUCACAUUGUCACUCCCUCCUGACCCCAUGAGCCUCCGUUGAAAACAAUCGCCAAAGAAAAGGGGGGCGAGCCUUAGGAUGAGGUGGGGGUGGUCUUCUACAGAAAUGCCCCAAAGUGUCAGAUGUUUGCAGUCGAAAUUUUGACUCCUCAGUCUCAUGCCACAUGUGGCUCUUUUUACUUGAAAAACGUCUACUUCUUUUGUUUUUUUUUUCUAAAGAAAUAGAGUUGUGGGUAACAUUAUCCACAGUACCCUCUUCCUGGUGUUCAUUAUUUAUUGAUUUGUAUAUAGUGUAUGUGUAGCAUUGUACAUUUUUUUCCUAUGUAAUUAUAAAUUAAUAUAUAUAUAUAUAUAUAUAAUGUUUAUAACACAAUCAUUGUUUAUUACAUUACAUUUUGGUUGAAAUGCCUCUGUUUUCCUUGUCAAACUUGUAAAGUCAUUUUUUGUAUUUUAGAGCCAUUGUGUGUCUCUAACAAUAAGGCACUGUGUAUAUUAUAUUGGCCAAAAACCCAAAAUGUACAAUAAAGAAAACAGUGUGCUGUAUGUGAGCA